UUCUCAGUAUGCUUGUCAAGCUGUAGAGUUAAGGUUUUUCUAAUAACUGUGAUUUUUUUUUGGCAUUUGCUUGAAAACUUACCAUGCCUUGGUCAAAGGGUGUCUUACUUUUCACAGUGGCUGUGGUGACACUGGGUUCUUCUUUAAGGGUGGAUCCUGACACCUUUUCUGAAGCAGGUGUUGCUUAUGGAGCAGUCUCUGUAAACAUGGCCCGUUUUGGCAAACUUUUAAUUGGUGGUCAAGAUGCAGCAUCUAAUAACAAUGUGAAAACGUCUGCAUUGAGCUUAGCAGAGUCUCAUGGGCACCAGUCAAAUGAGGAAGUGUUUCAUCCUGCAAGUUCUAAGCUGUACCGUCUGGGCUCUUCUGUGCGAUGUAGCAAUAAUUCAAUGAUCUUGCGCAUUCCAGGACAGAGAAUGCCACACUUCCUGGUUGACCGAGGGGAGGAGUCACCAGUGCCUUUGUCUGAGAUGCCAGCUAGCUGUGGUUUCUCACUGAAGCGGGCACGCAGGGAUGUCUCUCUUGUUGCUCCAUAUCGGGGCUGUCAUGUCAGAAAACAGGGUGGAAGUUAUAUUCUGCCACUGAUUAUAAUGGGAGCUCCAGUGCAAGUGUCUUGCCCUGUGAGACCUCUCCUCCCUACUGUGUCCUGCUUCUCCUCUGGCAUGAUUGUCAAAUUUGGCAUCAGGGUAGAUGAUGUUAAAGUUAAAGUUGAUGGAACGUGGCAGCCUCUGCUUCAAAAGUACACUCAAUGCUCAUUUACACUGGAGAUUACUGCUGGUUCACUGGUUGUCACUGCACCAUUCACAGGAAGCUGUUGGGAAGUGACUGAUACUGAAAGGCAACUCCCUUUGAUGUAUGGUGACCAGGAAGUGACUCUUUCCUGUCCUCUGACACUGCCAACCGUAGCCCCAACCUUAGCCCCAACCACACCUGCUGUCCGUGACCCAACUGAAGUGCAACAGAUGUUUGACCCUUUCCAUUUUGGAAGGCCCUGGUGGUAUCCAUAUCCUGGUGCACCUGCUACCCUGCCUCCCACUGUGCCACCUACAACGACUACAACUGCUCCUUUUCAAUAUCCUUUCCAGCAACCCAUGUUUCCUCCCAUGUAUCCCAUGCCAAUAUUUGACCCCUAUUACUCUAAAGGUGACCCAGCUGCUCCCCCAGCACCACAACCACAAUAUCCCUGGUACCCAAAGUUCCCUCCUUAUAUGAAUGGCUUCCAAAGCCCAGUUGAAGUGACCACUCCUGCAACUACCACAACUGCCCCAUACCAGCCUGAGCACCAGUAUCCAGGUUAUCCAAUGUACCCACCGUUCUAUGGUCCUCAACCCAUCAAGUCUUUUGUGCCUCCAACUGUGAAAUACCCUUUCAUGCCCCAGUAUCCUAAGGAUCCAAUCUUUGGUCCCCGCAGCCGUAAGUCACGGUCUUCUCCUGCACUGUUAUCUUCAUUCUACAGGUCUCGUAGAUGACCACUUGACGGAGCAGAUGAGGGGACUCUGAAGUGCCAGUGUUUUUUAUUGACAACAGAAUGAAUUAAUGACAUCAAUAGUUGUUGGGAAUAAGCCUAAUAAAGCUUUGACUUCA